UCCGGGGAGAUCUGCACGCCCGGCGGGCGGCUGAGGACGGCGCAAACGCGCGGCCCAAGUAAGCGCGAGUCUCCUCCGGCGCCCGGGAUCCCCUCUGCAGCUCCGCGCUGACUAACGGGGCAAGUCGCAUGCGCACCGAGACGCGCCGGGGAAAGGGAGAGUGAGGGGCGGGGCAAACGCAGAGCACCGGCCGUCGGAGCCCGCGGGGGUCACCGACGACGCAUGCGCCGAGAAGGAGCGCAAUCACAGACUGGGCUUGCGGCUACCGGUGUAAAAAAGGAAACCCCCGAGACCGAGAGCGCGAAGGAAAUCUGGCCGCCGACGCGUGCGCGCUCCCGUGAAAGAAAACCCUAAGAAGUAAAGAAACUUUUACAGUAAUUGUUGAUUUGGCUAUUACGCUGAUCCCCCGAAUCAAAAAAAGGCUGCUGAAACUUAGAAGCUGAUUUUAUCACAGUGUAAGAUGCCUUUGGAAAAUUCUGCAUUCCUCUUAGAUGAAUCUUUACAACUUGUGCAUAAAUACCGAGUGUCAUUUUGAUGAAAUUUUGUGAAGUCAACACUCGUUUAACCAAUACCAAGAUCAAGAUAUAGAACAUUUUCAUCAAUCCAGGAGCCUCCUUCAUGCCCCCUGACAGUCAUCACACACUCCCAAAGAAUUCUGAAACUGAUGGUCAGCCAUACAGAAGAAUACAUUGAACUUCAAGUUUUCUGAAGAAUCAGUUCAAAAGAUCCUCAAAAUACAGAAGGAGAAGUACAAAUGUCUACCACAAGACGAAAACGUAAUAUGUUAUGUUGUUUACCGUAAGCUGUAGUAAAAUGAGCUCACUUGUUGACAGAGAUGAUGGUAGUAUUUUCGAUGGGUUGGUUGAAGAAGAUGACAAGGACAAAGCAAAAAGAGUAUCCAGAAACAAAUCUGAAAAGAAACGUAGAGAUCAAUUUAAUGUUCUCAUUAAAGAGCUGGGAUCCAUGCUUCCUGGUAAUGCUAGAAAGAUGGACAAAUCUACUGUUCUACAGAAGAGCAUUGAUUUUUUACGAAAACAUAAAGAAAUCACUGCACAGUCAGAUGCUAGUGAAAUUCGACAGGACUGGAAACCUACAUUCCUUAGUAAUGAAGAGUUUACACAGUUAAUGCUAGAGGCUCUUGAUGGUUUUUUUUUAGCAAUCAUGACAGAUGGAAGCAUAAUAUAUGUGUCUGAGAGUGUAACUUCAUUACUUGAACAUUUACCAUCAGAUCUUGUGGAUCAAAGUAUAUUUAAUUUUAUCCCAGAGGGGGAACAUUCAGAAAUUUAUAAAAUACUCUCUACGCAUCUGCUGGAAAGUGAUUCAUUAACCCCUGAAUAUUUAAAAUCAAAAAAUCAGUUAGAGUUUUGUUGUCAUAUGCUUCGAGGAACAAUAGACCCAAAGGAGCCAUCUACUUAUGAAUAUGUGAAAUUUAUAGGAAAUUUCAAAUCUUUAAACAGUGUAUCCACUUCAGCACACAAUGGUUUUGAAGGAACAAUACAACGCACACACAGGCCUUCUUAUGAAGAUAGAGUUUGUUUUGUAGCUACUGUCAGAUUAGCUACACCUCAGUUCAUCAAGGAAAUGUGUACUGUUGAAGAACCUAAUGAAGAGUUUACAUCUAGACAUAGUUUAGAAUGGAAGUUUCUAUUUCUGGAUCAUAGGGCACCACCCAUAAUAGGAUAUUUGCCAUUUGAAGUUCUGGGAACAUCAGGCUAUGAUUACUAUCAUGUGGAUGACCUAGAAAAUUUGGCAAAAUGUCACGAGCACUUAAUGCAGUACGGAAAAGGCAAAUCAUGUUACUAUAGGUUCCUGACCAAAGGACAACAGUGGAUUUGGCUUCAGACUCAUUAUUAUAUCACUUAUCAUCAGUGGAAUUCAAGGCCAGAGUUUAUUGUUUGUACUCACACUGUAGUAAGUUAUGCGGAAGUUAGGGCUGAAAGACGACGAGAACUUGGCAUUGAAGAGUCUUUUCCGGAGACAGCUGCUGACAAAAGCCAAGAUUCUGGGUCUGAUAACCGUAUAAAUACAGUCAGUCUCAAGGAAGCAUUGGAAAGGUUUGAUCACAGCCCAACCCCUUCUGCUUCCUCCCGGAGUUCAAGAAAAUCAUCUCAUACUGCAGUCUCAGACCCUUCCUCUACACCAACAAAGAUCCCAACGGAUACUAGCACUCCUCCCAGACAGCAUAUACCAGCUCAUGAAAAGAUGGCACAAAGGAGGUCAUCAUUUAGCAGUCAGUCCAUAAAUUCCCAGUCUGUUGGUCAGUCAUUAACACAGCCAGUGAUGUCUCAAGCUGCAAAUUUACCAGUUCCACAAGGCAUGUCCCAGUUUCAGUUCUCAGCUCAGUUAGGAGCCAUGCAGCAUCUGAAAGACCAGUUGGAGCAGCGGACUCGGAUGAUAGAAGCAAAUAUUCAUCGUCAACAAGAAGAACUAAGAAAAAUUCAAGAACAGCUUCAAAUGGUCCAUGGUCAAGGGCUGCAGAUGUUUUUACAACAGUCAGCCCCUGGAUUGAAUUUUGGUUCUGUUCAGCUUUCUUCUGGAAAUUCAUCUAAUAUUCAGCAGCUUGCACCUAUAAAUGUGCAAAGCCAGGUUGUUCAGACUAACCAGCUUCAAAGUGGAAUGAAUACUGGACACAUCAGCACAACUCAGCAUAUGAUACAACAGCAGACUUUACAAAGUACAUCAAGUCAGCAGAAUCAACAGAAUUUGCUAGGCGGGCACAGUCAACAAACAUCUCUUCCCGGUCAGACACAGAGCACUCUUUCAGCCCCACUGUAUAACACUAUGGUGAUUUCUCAGCCGACGGCCGGAAGCAUGGUCCAGAUUCCAUCUAGUUUGCCACAAAACAGCUCUCAGAGUGCUGCAGUAACUACAUUCACUCAGGACAGACAGAUAAGAUUUUCUCAAGGUCAGCAACUUGUGACCAAAUUAGUAACUGCUCCUGUAGCCUGUGGGGCGGUCAUGGUACCGAGCGCUAUGCUUAUGGGUCAGGUGGUGACUGCCUACCCUACCUUUGCUCCACAACAACCGCAGUCCCAGACACUGUCAGUCACGCAGCAGCAGCAGCAGAGUUCCCAGGAACAGCAGCUCCCUUCAGUUCAGCAACCAUCUCAGGCUCAGCUGACUCAACCACCGCAGCAAUUUUUACAGACUUCUAGGUUGCUCCAUGGGAACCCUUCAACUCAGCUUAUCCUCUCUGCUGCAUUUCCACUACAGCAGAGCACUUUCCCUCAGUCACAUCACCAGCAACACCAGUCUCAGCAACAGCAGCAGCUGAGUCGGCACAGGACUGACAAUUUGACGGAUCCUUCCAAGGUUCAACCACAGUAGCACACGUGCUUCCUCUCUGCCUUCAAGGGAGGAAGGGGGUGGCCCAUAAAGAGUUGAUCAGAUGAUCUGAGGAUAGGAUGAAAAGUUGCAGUGGUUUCAUGAGAUGCAGUAUUGAGUGUUCUAGUUCCUGGAAUUAGUUAGCAGGGAAAAUGCUGCCUAGUGCUGCAGAUGUACAUUAAAUACCAGCCAGCAGGAGAUGAUCAUAGGGUCAUAGCCAAUUCUGACAGUGUUUUACUUGCCCAGAUAUUUUUUUGAUGGAAAAAGAGUAUAUUGCCAAAUGUUAAGAAGCUCAGCUAUGAAACAUGACCUCCAGUGAAUCAGAAAGGCACUAACAAUGUUAGUAACUUUGAGUGGUUCUGUGCCUGUUUCCGAGUGUUACAGAGGAUACACCACUGCCAUGUCAGGGGUUUGCUUACAAUGAUGCCAUGAAGACAGUCCAGUAGAUUCAGUAGGCCCCCUUCCCCAACCCCUCUCCCUUUUUGGAUAAUGAUGGAAUAGUAAUUAAUUUCAGAAUGUUGUGUGGGUUUAAAUUCUCUAUGUACAGAUGCUGUAAAAAUAAUAUUAUGUAUAUGUCUGGAUAAGAGAAAGCAAAACAUUUUGUAUGCUGCAUGAAAGCAUUAUCUCCUCCUUUAGGUAUGAGUACAUUUCCUUAGAUUCUGACGCCAUGUGCAAACUAAUGCAUCCUCUUUGCCCUUUUGUUUACAAUAUGGUAGUAUUCUACUCUUCCGGGGCACAAGUGGUUUUUUUGUUCAUACUUUGACUGUGAUGUCACAGUUUGUUCGGUGAGGUAUGAUGUGCUGCUGGGAAUGGAUUUUUUUUUUCAGGUUAAAUUAUUUGAAACAGGAUUUUCAAGUUACACAGAAAUAUCCCUCAUUUCAUUAUUUUUCAAUUAUGUUUGAAAAUAGGAUUUGCACUGCUUUAUUUUAAGAUGGUUGGGAGUUUUGAUCACAUAUUUUGAUCUAGUUCGUAGUUGGAAAUAGUUGUGUAAACAGUUUUUAACAAGCCUGAAAGUGAUUUCAAGAAUGUUUCAGUUAUAGGAGUGAAUUUGCACACAGAAUAUUUUAGGCACUUUUUAACAUUCUCACUGGUGGGAAUUUUAACUUUUAGGAUUUGUUGGAAUCUUUUUAUUAUCCUCCACAAUUUCAAUGCUUCUUUUAGUCAGAAAUGAUUCAGGGUUAUUUGAGGAAAAAAAAAAAACCCAUAGUGCCUUGAUUUUGAUUCAGGUGAUAACUCACCAUCUUGAACUCGUUGUCUGGUUUCAGUAGCAGUUUUGAAAUCUUGGUACAUUUUUAAAAGCAUGUGGGUAUCAGUUGCCAUUAAAUUCCCAAUGAAGACUACUUUGAGUCUCUUGGUUUAGAGGUACAAAUAAUUUGUAAAUAAAAGAUGACAUCCUGAUGAUACUAUCAGAGUUACUAAUGUGAUCACAGUUGUUUUCCUAAAUCAGUAUUUUCCUUAAAGCUAUGUAGUCAUUUAGGAAUUACCAGUAUUUACUCAGUGUCAUCUUAAAAUCCUGUAAAGAAAAAAGAAGGGGUAGCAAUUGACUUUGCCUUCACUACAGCAUUGGAAUAUUAUAGCUCACAUGCUUCAUAAACAUGAACUAAGAUUUCAUUUGGUAAUAUCAUAUUCUAAAGGCAGUAAGUUCCAACCAGAAUUACAUACAUUUAAAAAAAAGCAUUUUAUAGAUUUCAUGGUACUAAUAAUUAAAUUUAUAACUAUAGAACAAAGGAAAAUUAAUGGGAAAAUAUCUUAUUAGAAUAUCAAAAAUUAUUACUGAGGAAAGGGAAGACAGCAAGCUGUAAUAAAUCAAAAAUGACCUUAAAAUGUAUAACAGAAUUGAGAUUGUUAAACAGAAAAGAUUUCAGCAAUGAAAAUAAUCUAAUACAGAACUGCUAGAUAAAGAAGUCAGGAGAACUCUCAGUUGGUUCUUAAGACUUUUCUUUUCUCAGCUUUGCUAUCAUCCUUAAGGGAUAUACUUUGUCUUUCUGUAGAAAACCAUACCUGGCCACACAUUAAUUAGAAAAUUAAUGUUGAAAACAACCAAAGAAAGUUGGUACCUACCCUUCUACAAAAGAAGUGUUACUAGAUGCCAAUCAGUAAUUAACAUAUCAAGGAGCUCCUCUUCUAGCUAAAUGAUCAUCCAGAAGAGAUUUCUGACUUCUUCAUGAAUGUCAAGAAUAGAUGUCAGAAUAUCUGUGUUCUUGAGCAUGUGUACAUGUGGACAACAUUGAUGUUGUCGAGUAUGGCAACAGUGUUUUCUUCCCCUUUCAAAUUGCCUUUCUUAACCUUAUCAUGCCAUUCCAUAUUUAUAUCUGAGUUGUGCCUCAUUUAUUUAUUGGCAAUAUGUAGUGAUAUGGAUUUAGCAAACAAAAAAUAUGACAAACUAUUAUAUUAAGGUUUAUCCUCUAAGUUCCAUAUGUAAAAAGAAAGGUGGUGAACUGUGAGUACUGUGUACUCAGGUUAACACAAGCAAAGCAUAAGACAAGCCACAAGCUAAAUCUGUAGACUGUUUAUUUACAUUCUCCUCCACCAGUCCCUUCAAGUAUUUUUCCAUCCUCACAAAUAUUUGGGAAAGAAAAUUAGACAAGAUUUUGCUUUAUAAUUCCUUUUGUUCCUCACAGCUCAUUUUUUUCCUGCUAAGAAUUGAUUGCUGCAUUUAAAGGAGCAGCUGGCUGCUUUUCUUUUGCUGUCAGAAUGAAGGUUGUAUCAGAAGAGCUAGUUAACUGGCUUUUAGCUCCUUCUUUUCCUUUGUUUUCCUGCUGCUUCCCUGGAACUUGGACUGCAAAGCAGCCCCUGCCCCCUCCUCCCUGAAUUGAGACUUGAGCAUCCUGAUGAAGAUUCAGCAGUUGCCUGUUCUUCAUUCAUUUUUGUAGCCAAAGUUGUUAAUUAAAAUCCAAACCUAAGUCAUGAAAAAAUACCAAAUAGGAACACCUUUCAGCUACUUAAAAAUCUUAUCUUCCCUCUGCUUUACUCUGAUAGAUAUUCAGUUUUUCUUAAAAAAACUUUAUUCUGGGUGACAGUCGUUAGGUGUUACCUUCGUUGGACUUCUGUGGCACUGGGUGAGUCACGCUAUUGUGUUAACACCUACCAGUGAGGAUUGUAAGAAUUAAUAAAGGUUGCUGCCGAGAGUGGUCUCAAACCAGAACCAAGACAUUUAAAAGUACUUUGUUUUUCGAGUGAAAACAGGCAGAAAAGCAAAUACGGGGCAUGGUGGGGGUAGCGUGUAAGUAAAUACUACAGUUCAGUCUCCCAACUCUGUCCCAAGUGGAGGGGGGAACCGGAGUCCUGUGCUCUGCUCUGUCACUAAAAUCUGGUUUAGGAAUGUACUAGUAAUAAAAGGAUGCCAGUGACUUUGACUAGUUUGUUAUAGAAUACUCAAAGCAGAUUAGUGAAAGUGUUGUUGGAUUUCCUCAGAAGCGCUCGGGUUGUUGGUCAUUGCCUUAAAGCAGUCUGCUUGCAGUUAGUUAAGGGCACUGUGUGUUGAAGGGAGAUGAACCCUUGUUCAAGAAGCCUUAGGAAGGGGCCCCUUAAAAUAGUAACUCUAUUUGCCUGCUCUACACAGACGGGUGAAAAUUAUUUUUAAACUGGAUAUUACUCGACGUGUUUUAAAAUGUUUCCACUACAUUGAGGUAAACUAUUUUUUUUUUUUAAAGUGGACUGCAAAUAGCAUUUUGCUCUGGUAUUGCUCAUUUCUACUUUUUUUUCUUUUUCUGUAUUUCUCUGGUGAUUGAACGUUUGUUGACAAACAUUUGUGUAAAACUCAUUCAAGUCUAUAACCUUUCCAAUAUCUGUGACCCUGUUCUUAGUCCCUCGGGAGUCAGUGUUGGAAGGUUUAAACACUGGAUAUUAUUAUUGCUGAGUGAGUCUAGCCAGGAAUAAGCUGAUGGAAUUUUUAAACGGAGGAAAAGAAACAGCACAAAGGCACUUGCCAUUUUAUAGCGAUUGGAGAAAAAGAGUCUUUUGUUUGGGGGGGGUGAGCAUUCUUCUAAAAGGAGCUUCUGAAGUAAUUGCAAAGGAAAAGAGUUGACUAUUUUUAUAGCAUAUUUAAUAUAUUUGUAUAUAACUAUGAAUAUAAUAGGAACCCUUCACAUGCCUCCCCACUUUUCUAAUUUACUUCCCCUUUUGCCAUAGCCCUAGCAUAGCCUCAUCUGCAUGGGUAAUGUGCCUAUUGUCAGCCUACCAAGAGAUAGUGCUGCUGCUUUCUGAGACAGGUGAGAAGACCCAACUCUCAUGCCUGGGGAUCCUUUAUAUAGGAAUAGCACACACUUCGCAGACAACACACCACAGUCUAAAAGCAUCAUUUUAAAAGGUAACAAGCACUUUAUUGCAAUUAUUCAUUUUGAUAAAGUUUAUUAUCUUAGAUAUUACCAUUUCUAAAGGAUCCCCAAAUCAUCACUUAGGUGAAAUUUUUAAGUGACACAUUUCUGAGAAAUGUUUAGAUCCAGUGAACCAUAGUAGGUUUAUGGGAGUGAUUUCAAGGUAGCCAAAUGAACUUUGGCUUUUGUUUCGAAUGUGGUGGGAGUCAAGAGAUUGUAGAUGCCUAGUUCCAUUUAGACACUAUUGUAAACCUAUCUUGCCUAUUGUAUGGACACCAAAAGAGACCAAUGAGCCUGUUUAUUUUCAGAGGUCUAGGAAAAUUGCAUCAGUGUGAAUAGAUGUAUAGAACUAACCUAGAAGUGAUUGGUAGUCAUAUUUUAGAAUACAAUAAUUUCAAGAAUUAUUCUGAGUGUUUUAAAUGUGUUCUGAAAUGUUGGCAUGUCAUUUCAGUGUUUCCAUGUGAAUUGCUCUUGUAAUAGUUUUGCACAAAAAGGACUGAGAAAGACUACUUUGGUUGAAGAAAAGGAAAAAAAAAUAAUUUGGUCGUAUUUUAAUGUCUCCUGUGGAAACACUGGGGAUGAAUUUUGAUGGUAUACUUAUUAAUUCAGGAUGUUUGAAACAGUAUUGAACAGCUCACAAGAAGUUAAGCAAACGUGGAUAUUGAAAAAUUAAAACACUUUCUUUCCAUGUGACUGUUUUGCAUACUUUUUCCCCAUGUCAUAAUUUAACACUACAUUCCUUGUUUUUCUUAAAUAAAAUAAUACUUUGCAGGU